GUUUGUAGAUCGAGAAAGCAUUUGCAUUUGCAUUUGCUUUGGAAGAAAAAGAAGUGUUUGGAGAUGGCGAAAUCACCAGAAACAGAGCACCCAGUUAAGGCUGUUGGGUGGGCUUCGAGAGACACAUCUGGAGUUAUGUCCCCUUUCAAUUUCUCAAGAAGGGCAACUGGCGAGCGUGAUGUGCAGUUCAAGGUUCUGUAUUGCGGCGUCUGCCAUUCUGAUCUUCACAUGAUCAAGAAUGAGUGGGGCUUCACACACUACCCUAUUGUUCCCGGGCAUGAGAUUGUGGGAAUAGUAAGUGAGGUAGGCAUCAAGGUCGAGAAAGUGAAGGUAGGAGACAAAGUAGGCGUGGGAUGCUUGGUGGGAUCGUGCCGCCAAUGCGACCAGUGCUCCAACGAUCUCGAAAACUAUUGCUCCAAACAGAUCCUCACCUACAGUAUGCCUUACUUGGACGGCACCAUCACCUACGGCGGCUACUCCGAUCUCAUGGUCGCCGACGAGCACUUCAUCAUCCAAUGGCCCGAGAAUCUACCCAUGGACAAGGGCGCCCCUCUCCUCUGUGCCGGCAUCACCACCUACAGCCCCCUCCGGUACUUCGGCCUCGACAAGCCCGGCCUCAACGUCGGGGUCGUUGGCCUCGGUGGCCUUGGGCACGUCGCCGUCAAGUUCGCCAAGGCCUUCGGGACUCGAGUCACGGUCAUCAGCACUUCCUUGAGCAAGAAGAAGGAAGCUCUCGAAAAUCUCGGCGCGGAUGAUUUCUUGGUCAGCCGCGAUGACGAGCAGAUGAACGCGGCAGCGGGGACGCUGGACGGCAUCAUCGAUACCGUGUCGGCGACGCAUCCCCUGCUGCCGUUGUUAGGCUUACUGAAGCCUCACGGCAGGCUUAUCGCGGUUGGGGCUCCCGAGAAGCCGCUCGAGCUCCCAGUGUUUCCUCUACUUUCUGGUAUAGGACACGAAGAUAACAAACAAAAUGGUUUUAAUCAAAAUUAUAAAAUGCUCAUAUGUUAAAGGAUAAAAGUAAAACCUUAGUCUAAUGUUUAAGUGUUUUUAUGUGACCAUUUGGGCCAAGGUUACUUUGUCAAAUUUAAUGGUGUCGUCACUUUUAGAACAA